AUGUCUUUUUAUGGACGAACGGAUUUACCUACUCCAAAUGGUUACCGUUACAGCUAUCAAGUGGGCCCUGAUGGUACCGACUUUGGUACAUUUACUACGGAUAUAUUUGUGAACCUGCAAAAUCAGUAUUCUCAGAAUAACCAAAAAUCACAAGGUUUCAAUCUAAACUUUGAUAGUGAAGAAGUGUUAAUUGUCAUUGAUAGCGUGAAAACCUACGCAAUGAAAAUAAUGUUAUAUUUCUAUCUGGGCGGAGUCCAGACUCUAUCCGGAUUCAUAUUUUCUUUACAUGGAAUCGGCUUAUUACUCGACGACAUAAUCAAUAUAUCAAUCAUAUUCUGGAAGAAACUGAACCAUAUGUAUAUGGAUGAACUAAUGCUGUAUCUCACAAAUUAUUUAAUUCUAGUAGCAAUUUUUUUGGCCUAUUUGUGGGACUGUGAUAGGCAGGGAUUAUUCAAAUAUGUUCCCGAUUACUGCAAGACCAAUUCACACAAUUUGUAUGCCAGAUAUACGACAGUAUUUGCUGAAGUCAGCAAGUAA